AUGGCUCCAUUGCCGCCGCUUGUCCGCUGGGGCUCCAUCAUCUCGGCCAUCGCUGCCGUAGUUCUGGCUUAUUCCUACCAGCAGCAGCACCCGCUCCUCUUCGCCGACCUCGGUGACCCUCUCCCGGUGUACUGCUACAACAGCGUCAGGACUCACGAUAGUGACCAGCCAUCGGCCGAGUGCUUCUCGGUCAAGGACGACGUCUUUGCCGGAGUCUGGGCUCGGGAUGAUGGCAAUGCAGCAGCAAAAGACGCCGAUGCCACCGUCUCGGAAGGGCAUGUCAUUCCGGGGUUGUGGGACGGCCAUGGCCAUUUGCUGCAGUACGGCGAGUUCCUGCACUCGGUCGAUCUUUUCGGGUCGCAGUCGCUGGACGAGGUGAGGCGUCGCAUCAAGACGUAUCUUGAAGCCAAUCCAGAGGCGGGCACUGAGAAGCACUGGCUUCGCGGCGUGGGAUGGGACCAAUCGGCCUUUGGACGGAUGCCUACCGCGGACGACAUUGAGCAAGACGAGCAGCUUAGGGGCAUCUUUAUGAUGCUCGACAGAAUCGACGUCCACUGCUCCUGGGUCUCCCAAGCCGUCCUCGCCCUCCUGCCAUCCGAAAUCCCCAACGUCCCAGGCGGCGAAGUCAUCCGCGAUCCCGGCCCAGGCGUCUUCUGCGACAACGCCAUGGACAUGAUUAUGGAUCUGUGGCCCAAGCCCGGAGCGGAAGAAAAAGCCCGCGCCGUCAAGUCCGCCAUGAAGGAGCUCAACAAGGUCGGCCUGGUGGGCAUGCACGAUGCCGGCGUCACUGCGGAAAACGCCAGGCUAUACUCGGAACUGGCUUCUUCGUCUCCGGACUGGACAGUUCGCGUGUAUGGCAUGCUGGAGUGUGACAAGAGAAACACGUUUUGCCCGGAGGACGCUCCGAUGAUGUCUGACCAAGACGCCAAGUUUACGCUGAGGAGCGUCAAACUGUUUGCUGAUGGCGCCCUCGGAAGCUGGGGCUCUGCAAUGCUCGAAAACUACACAGACCAUCCCUGGACUUCAGGCUCUCUCCUCAUCAACGCCUCCGCCCUCACCCAAGUCACCAAAUCCUGGGCCAGCAAAGGCUUCCAAGUCAACAUCCACGCCAUCGGCGAUCUCGCCAACCGCAACGCCAUCAACGCCUUCCAAGCAGCCCUAGAGCUGCAAUGCGGAGGAGAAGACGCUCUGCUCGCCGAGUGCCAGUCCACACACCACCGCUUCCGCAUCGAACACGCCCAAAUCAUCCACCCAGACGACCAGAAACGCAUUCGCGCACUGGGUAUUAUCCCAUCCAUCCAGCCCACGCACGCGACCUCCGACAUGAAGUACGCCGAGCAGAGACUCGGUCCUGAACGCACCAGCAGCGAAGCCUAUCGCAUGAAAUCUCUCUUCGAUGUCAAUCCUGUGCUUGGCAGCGAUUUCCCCGUCGAGCCACCGAAUCCUUUUCACGGAAUCUACGCAGCCAUGACGAGGAGGAGUCCGCAGACGGGACUUGGACCAGACCCGAAAAACCCUUCAAAGGGAUGGCAGACGGAAGAGACUCUCAGCUUGGAUGAAGCUCUUCUGGGAUUCACGCGAAACGUUGCCUACGGAGCCUUCUUGGAGCAUAGCGCGGGCAUCAUCAGGCGAGGCUCGUUUGCGGAUUGGGUUGUGCUUGAUGAGCCGCUAGAAGAUGUGGACGUCGAGAAAAUUCGGACUGUCAAAGUAAGAGAGACUUGGGUGGGAGGCAGAAGAGUGUAUUCGCGGGAUUAA